AGAUGCACAGGACACAACUGUUUCCUAGGUUCCUGUUCACGUACACAUGUCACUCUUUUGGCAAGCCACGGCAUUGGCGUAUAUGCAUUGAGCUAUAUCGUAUAUACAAAAGAAUUUAGCAUUAACAACAAAAUUUAAAAAUAGAGAGAGUUUUCCAAUGGAAUGGAAUCAAGCAUUGUUAGUAUUGGAACAUCUCUCUAAUAUAAGGCACUUUACUAUUAAUAAACCUCAUAAUUUUAGUUAAUGAAAAGAGGGGGGGGGAGGGAGAGAGCUUAAAAAAGAUGCGCAACCGAGCGCAUAGCUGCACCACAGCACCACCUCUCUUUUCCCUUCUCCUUCCCACCUCUUCCUCCUCUUCCCAAACUCGUCCUUCUCCCUUGCCAAUCCCUCUUCUUCUUCUUCUUCUUCUUUUGGGUGCUUCUCCAUUGUUCUGAAUCCUCUUUAAAUUUUUUUCUAAAAAUUAAAAAAUCUUCACUGUCGUUGUCGUGGGGCUAUAGAAUUACAAUCUGUGAAGCAAAAAUCAGUUAUUGGUUUCGCCUUUGUUCUGUCUUUUUAAUUGCACAUAUAUUCAUCGUGUGCGCAGUUGAAUUAUAUUGGAUCGCUGCGGCGUUAACAGAAGAGAAGAAGGAGGAGGAGGAGGGGGACGCGGCGGCGGAGAAAAAGAGAAAGGAGAGAUGAAAGGGGGACGCGGCGGAGAAAAAGAGAAAGGAGAGAUGAAAGGGGGAGGUGGGAACCACAAGGAGGGGCACGAGGGCUACCCCAUGGCCUCCUUCGUCUUCCACCGUCGCCUCAUGAUCUACCUCAUCCUCCCCAUCUCCGCACUCUACGUCUUCUACACCCUCAACCUCCUCCUCUCAUCCUCCUCAACCGCGAGCGUCCCCUCCCCGCCCUGCCCCACCCUCGACUACAACUCCGUGUCGUCCGUCGCCCGCAUUCUCUCCUCCAACCUCUCCUCCGCGCCGGCGCCGCCUCCUCCCCCUGCGGCGGCGGCGGCGGCGGCGGCGACCGGGCUGGAGCACAUCGUGUUCGGGAUCGCGGCGUCGGCGGAUCUGUGGGACAAGCGGAAGGAGUACAUAAAGGUGUGGUGGCGGCCGGGGCGGAUGCGGGGGUUCGUGUGGCUGGACCGGCCGGUGCGGGAGUUCAGAUCCAACGCGUCGCGGCUCGGGCUGCCGAUCCUGAAGCUGUCGGCCGACACGUCGAAGUUCCCGUACACGCACCGGCAGGGCAGCCGGUCGGCCCUCCGCAUCUCGCGCAUCGUGUCGGAGACGUUCCGGCUGGGGCUGCCGGACGUGCGGUGGUUCGUGAUGGGCGACGACGACACGGUGUUCGUGGCGGAGAACCUGGUGCGCGUGCUGGGCGGGUUCGACCACCGGCAGCCGUACUACAUCGGGUCGCUGUCGGAGAGCCACCUGCAGAACAUCUACUUCUCGUACGGGAUGGCGUACGGCGGGGGCGGGUUCGCGAUCAGCCGGCCGCUGGCGGCGGCGCUGGCGCGGGUGCAGGACGGGUGCAUCGCGCGGUACCCGGCGCUGUACGGGAGCGACGACCGGAUCCAGGCGUGCAUGGCGGAGCUGGGCGUGCCGCUGACGCGGCACCCGGGGUUCCACCAGUACGACGUGUACGGCGACCUGCUGGGGCUGCUGGCGGCGCACCCGGUGGCGCCGCUGGUGUCGCUGCACCACCUGGACGUGGUGCAGCCGGUGUUCCCCGGGGCGGCGUCGCGGGCGGCGGCGGUGCGGCGGCUGUUCGAGGGCCCGGUGCGGCUGGACGCGGCCGGGGUGAUGCAGCAGAGCAUCUGCUACGACCGGGAGCGGCGGUGGACGGUGUCGGUGUCGUGGGGGUUCGCGGUGCAGGUGGUGCGCGGGGUGAUGUCGCCGCGGGAGAUGGAGAUGCCCGCGCGCACCUUCCUCAACUGGUACCGCCGCGCCGACUACACCGCCUACGCCUUCAACACGCGCCCCGUCGCCCGCAACCCCUGCCAGCGGCCCCACGUCUACUACCUCGCCGCCGCCCGCCUCGACCCCGCGCGCCGCACCACCCUCACCCGCUACGACCGCCACCGCCCCGACGCCCCCCACCCCCUCUGCCGCUGGAAGAUCGCCGACCCCGCCGCCCUCCUCCACCGCGUCCUCGUCUACAAGAAGCCCGACCCCGCCCUCUGGGACCGGUCACCGAGGAGGAAUUGCUGCAGAGUGCUGUCGUCGCCCAAGGAGGGGAGGAAGGGAGACAAAACGAUGACCAUCGACGUGGGCGUGUGCAGAGAAGGGGAGAUUAGUCUAAUUUAGAGGCCUUAAUUCCCUCCUUUCUUUCUUUCUUUCUUUCUUUCUCUUUCUUUCUUGUUUUUAUUUCUAAAUUAAUUGGUUUUGUUGUUUUCUUGUUAAUUCAGCUCGCUCGACACAGUAUAAAAAGUUUUGGAAACCUUUCCUUUUCU